AACGUCAUCUCAGCCGUGUCCAUCAGAACCCAAACACGUGCGCGGAUUGUUGGAAUCUUUUCCACAUUUUUGAGAAACUUUUAACUUAAAAGAUUGGUAAAAUGGCUAAAAACGCCAAACCAACAAAAAGAAAAGCUGCCCCCGUUAAAGAACACGAACAAGUUGAAGAAAAAGAAGAAAAUGACGACGAUGAAGAGGUGGAUUUGUUGAAAAACAUCGGGAACGAGAAUGAUGCUGAUAGCACGGACGAUGAAGGAAUCGAUGAAGCAUUCAACUCUGAUGAGAGCGAUGAGCUGGAGUUUGAAAGUGAUGAAGAAGGAAACUACGUCAAGAAAGAUGAAGGCAAUGAUGAUGAAGAGGCUGAUGAUAAUGAAGACGACGGUGACGAUGAGGGCGAGGAGGAAUUGGACAUAGAAGACGUCUCAAGUGACGACGAAAUCGAAGAAGAUGAUGAGGACGACAGCGUCAUUGAUGAACCAACCGAGAAACCAGCUCCAUCCACGUCCAAAUCGGAUGAGAAGAAAAAACAGCCAGAGCCAAAGAAAGGACCACUCGCUCCUCCUCCGGUAGAAGUUCCUCGAGUAGAGGGAGACUUCAAAGUCUCCAAGAAGAAAAAAUCCGCCCUCUCGAAGAUGCAAAACAAACUAAACAAAGAAAAUAAAGGCCUCAACCCGGCGACAGGCGAGGAAUACGAGAACUCCGACACCUCGGACGAAGAAGACAUCAGGAACACCGUGGGCAACAUUCCGAUGCAUUGGUACGACGAAUACAAACACAUUGGCUACGACUGGGACGCCAAGAAGAUCAUCAAGCCCGCCAAGGGCGAUCAGAUCGAUGACUUCCUAAGAAAGAUCGAAGAUCCCUACUUCUGGCGCACCGUCAAGGACCCUCAGACUGGCCAGGAGGUGACUCUGACCGAUGCCGACAUAGAACUUAUCAAGCGCAUCAAUUCUGGACGAAUUCCCAACGGCGAACACAACGAGUACGAACCAUGGAUCGAAUGGUUCACCUCGGAGGUGGAAAAGAUGCCCAUCAAGAACGUCCCAGACCACAAACGAUCCUUCCUGCCGUCGGUGCCGGAGAAGAAGAAGAUCGGAAAGAUGGUGCACGCCCUGAAGAUGGGCUGGAUGAAGACCAUGGAGGAGGUUGAGCGCGAGAAGAAAGCCAAACGAGGACCCAAGUUCUACAUGCUUUGGGAGACGGACACUAGUCGCGAUGACAUGCGUAGGAUCCACGACCCCGUCUCUGCUCCGAAACGUGACCUUCCAGGACACGCAGAGUCCUACAAUCCUCCACCAGAGUAUCUGUUCGAUCAGAAGGAGAUGAAGGAGUGGGAGCGGAUGAAGGACGAGCCACACAAGCGCAAGUUGCACUUCAUGCCGCAGAAGUACAAGUCGCUGCGAGCGGUGCCUGCUUAUCCGAGGUAUCUGCGCGAGCGGUUCCUCCGCUGUCUGGACUUGUAUCUCUGUCCGAGGGCGAAGCGUUUGAAGCUGAACAUCGACGCCGAGUAUUUGAUUCCCAAGCUGCCUAGUCCGCGGGAUCUGCAACCCUUCCCGACCACCGAGAGCAUGGUCUAUCGCGGCCACACAGACAUCAUCCGUUCGGUUAGCGUCGAACCCAAGGGCGAGUACAUCGUCACUGGAUCUGAUGACACAACUGUUAAGAUUUGGGAAAUUGUCACUGGACGUUGCAUUCGCACAAUCGAGACCGGAGAGACUGUGCGCUGCGUGGCUUGGUGUCCCAACGCCAAGCUGUCCAUCAUUGCAGUGGCAUCUGGUAACCGUUUGCUGUUGAUCAACCCCAAGGUCGGCGACAAGCUGAUUGUGAAGAAGACCGACGAUCUGCUGGCCGAGGUUCCUAAAGUCGACGAGAUGGAGAGCGAACGCAUCAAGACUGCCGUCCAGUGGUCUGUGGCCGACAAGGAGGAGCAGGAGAAGGGAGUCCGUUUGGUGAUCACACAUUUCAAGCCAGUCAGACAGGUGACUUGGCACGGACGCGGUGACUACCUGGCCACCGUAAUGCCAGAGGGAGCAAACAGAUCCGCGAUGAUUCACCAGCUCUCAAAACGUCGCAGCCAGAUUCCAUUCUCAAAGAGCAAGGGAUUGAUCCAGUUCGUCCUCUUCCAUCCCAUCAAACCUUGCCUCUUCGUUGCUACUCAACACAACAUUCGUAUCUAUGACCUCGUGAAGCAAGAACUCAUCAAGAAGCUGCUGACGAACUCCAAAUGGAUCUCCGGAAUGUCCAUCCAUCCGAAGGGAGACAAUUUACUCGUGUCCACUUAUGACAAGAAGAUGCUGUGGUUCGAUUUGGAUCUGUCCACCAAACCCUAUCAGACUAUGAGACUGCACAAGAAUGCAGUGAGAAGUGUGGCCUACCAUCUCAGAUAUCCUCUGUUUGCAUCCGCGAGUGAUGAUCAAUCUGUGAUUGUCUCUCAUGGAAUGGUUUAUAAUGAUUUACUUCAAAAUCCCUUGAUUGUUCCAUUGAAGAAACUACAGACCCAUGAGAAACGUGAUGACUUUGGUGUUUUAGAUGUAAAUUGGCAUCCAGUCCAGCCGUGGGUGUUCUCGACGGGAGCAGAUGCUACCAUUAGAUUAUAUACGUAAAAUAAUGUGUUUUAUAUUUUCUUUUUUUCUUCUGAAUGUAAGAACAUAGGUUUUAUUUUUAAUAAAUUUUUGAAUUAUUAAAAGUUAAA